AUGUCAGACGAAGCCUUUGUAACACUAGUCGCCAGCGACAACUAUGUCCUGGGUGGCCUGACCCUAGCGUACUCGCUGAGGGAGACCAACACACAGCGCAAACUAGUGUGCCUAGUCACCCACAAGGUGUCGCAGACCAUUAGAGACCGCCUGGCAGCCGCCUUUGACGAGGUUGUAGCCGUGUCCGAGCUCAACAGUAACGAUUCCGUUAACCUGGAUCUGCUGUGCCGUCCUGAGCUCGGCAUCACCUUCACCAAACUGUUCAUCUGGAAGUUGACUCAGUACAAGAAGACUGUCUUCCUGGACGCCGACACACUUGUAUUGAAGAACGUCGACGAGCUUUUCGACCGCGAGGAGUUCAGUGCGGCGCCCGAUGUCGGAUGGCCCGAUUGCUUUAACUCAGGAGUGUUUGUGUGUGUACCGAACCUAGACACAUUCCACGAGCUCGUGGAGUUGUCUGAGAACACAGGUAGUUUCGAUGGGGGUGACCAGGGUCUGCUUAACGAGUAUUUCUGCGACUGGAGCACCAAGGAUAUCCACAAGCACUUGCCGUUUGUAUUUAACCUGAACGCCAACGCUACGUACUUCUACGCCCCCGCUUACAAACGCUAUGGCAAGGACGCCAAGAUUGUGCACUUCAUCGGUGCGGCAAAGCCUUGGAUGCACGCACGUGACGCUAAUGGAGUGCUGCACGCAGACAAUGCUGAACACCUUGUGGAGCAUUUGGAUCUGUGGUGGGCCUGCCAUGACAGACAUGUUCAGGACAUCAACUUGCCCCAAUCCUUCUACCCCGAAGAAUACGUGCCGUCCGCAAGCGCUGGUCGCCAGCAGUUUAGUACACAGUGGUACGGAGGUGUGGCCAGUCACUCGUCAUCACACUCCACACAACCCCCAGCCAGUGGCUUCGCAGCCAUUGAGGCUAAGCUGAACGAGGCCAUGGGUGGCAAGAGGGAGUACAAGCAGGCGUCACCCACAACCGGAGCCCAGAAUUCCGGGGGUAAGGUACCCGCGGCUGGGCUAAGUGAGGAGCUCGAGUCCAAGGUGGUGCUCAAGAAGAAGCCCGAGGAGAGUGCAUGA